AAGAACAUGUGUGAAGAGACCUCUCUUCAGAUGAAGAUUGGGAUUCUGGACUUGAGCCUGUGUGAAGCAGACCUGAAGUUUAUUGUGAAGAGAUUUUUUUCAAAUAGAUUUAAACACAAGUUAAUAGAGGGAGAGGCUCUUGAGGAGAGAACAAGAUAAGCCCAAACACAUGUGGAAUUCCCAAAGGUGAGCUGUGUUUAUCUACAGCUAAAUGUGUUAUUUUGAAGGCCCUUGAAUUUUGUUUCAGAAAGGGGCUAAGAAAUGUUUUCCUUCUUUUUUGAUGUUUUAGUUUUAUUUCCAUUUCUGUGAUAAAACACCCUGAUGAUAAGGGUUUAUUCAUCUUACAAUUUAUUACCCAUCACUUCGAGGUAGUCAAGGAAACUUAAAGCAACGAAUACAUUCAUUGAAUCUACAGUUAAGAUCAUGCAUUAUAGUGUUAGCUCACUUUCACCUUUUUUAAUAUAGUCUAAGACCCAAACUAGCAAAGGGUGCCACAGUGGGCUCAAUAGUCCCAAGUCAAUUAACCAAUGGAGAACUCCUUCCCCACAGACAUGCCCACAAGCCAACCUGAUCUAGAUAAUUUCUCAUUGAGAGUCUUACAUGAUUCUAGUCUGUGUCAAGUUGACAAAUAAAUUUAGCCCUUGUGUUUGUUUCUGUGUAAUCAAGCACAUAUCCUCUGCACUUGGGGACAACCAAGCUUGUUUAUAGAAGUGAAGGUACACAUGGUUUGUUAUCUGAAAAGAACAACAGCCCCAGAAUUCCAGGAAGAUACCUGUCCUUGUGCAAAUGGGGCUUACAAUUUAAAGGUUUUUUUGUUGGUUUGUUUAAUAGAUCUCUUAAACACAGUAAUUUAAACUUAAAACUUAAUGUUAGCCAUCACAAAAUAAAUAAGCUACACAAGGAAGAAACUACAAGCCACUAUAUUAUGCCCAUGGUAAAUUUAUCUCCAACUCAAUGUAUAAUACAAAUUUUGGUAAUUCUAAGGGCACCUGUCAAGGAGGCAGGAGCACCUCUCAGAGAUUGCAGUAGAAGGAAGUCUGAAGUGGAGACAGGCAGUACUUGGUAUAGUUUGUUUUUUGAAUGUGCCCAAAGUUCAUGUGUUGGAGUUGUGGGCCUGUGUUACUUUCAGGAGAUAGUGGAACCUUAAUGAGGUCCCAUCUAAUGGGAGGGAAUCAGGAAAGGAGGGGUUUGUCUUUGAAAGGAAAUUGGGGUCCUGACUCAUGCUUUAUCACCCUUUGCUUCCCAGUUGUCAUGAUGUGAGAACUUUCCUGUCACAUAUCCUUGCUUUCAUGUACUACCUCAUUACGGUCAUAAAAACCAAAUAGCCAUGAUGGGGGAUGUCAUUUUGUAUGCUGUGAUUAUGUUUCUCUUAUUGGUUGAUGAAUAAAGUUGUUUUGGCCAGCUUUCUCUGCUUCCCUGGCCUAGAGAGCAGGCAUGGUCUCGACAUGCAGAACGACGCCGGUGAGUUCAUGGUCCUCAACGUGCCGUGGAAAUGCUCCGUGAACAACCAUGCAUCCAUCCAGAUGGAUGUGGCCGAGGUUGACAGGUGCACAGGCCAGUUUAAUGGUCAGUAUAAAACCUAUGCUAUCUGUGGGACCAUUCACAGGAUGGGUGAGUCAGAUGAUUCUAUUCUCCGACUGGCUAAGGCUGAUGGAAUUGUCUUAAAGAACUUUUGACCAGAAGAGAUGGGGGAAUAUUUGUCAUAAAUAAAAGUGAGAAAAUACAAAAGAAAAAAAAGUUGUUUUGGCCAAUGGGCAGGCAGGAUUUUGCCAGGUGGGAAAUCCAAACAAGGAUAGAGAAUGGUAGUAGGUGGAGUCAAGGAGAACAUCAUGUAGUUACCAAAGAAGCAAUUGAUCCCAGGGAUCACCAAUAAGGCAAACACCCGUAGAG